CGUUAGAUUGGUAAUGGAAGAACGUCUCAAGUGAGCAUGCGUAUAACUCCCGUAAACCCACUGCGCAUGCAGCCCUUUCCAAGCACUGGUAGGGCACUGGGCAUGCAGACAGCCCACCAGAAGGGAAGAAUCAGGAGAAAAGAGAUGCAAGAUCCCAGAGGAGCUAAGAAUUGAGUUCGCUGCAGACCCAUAAGGAUUAACGCUGCUCGUAACAGCUGCUUCUGGGAUCAGAUAAACUGAAGCACAAGAGGGUAAAAACUUUGUCCUUGGUCUUACAGCCAGAAAGUGGUGAUGCAAAGAACUUAGUCCAAGCUUUGAUCUGUUCUGCACUGCCUGCCAAAGCAGAACCUUGAGAAAUAUCCAUGUUUGGGGGAUGAGAGGAAGAACAUAAAUCAGCAAAGAAAAUAGUGAUAAGAAAGGUCUCUCUCUGUCACCCAGGCUGGAUGGAGUGUGGUGGCAUGAACACGGCUUAUUGCAGCCUCAAUUUCCCCAGGCUCAGGUGAUCCUCCCACCUCAGCCUCCUGAAUAGCUGGGACUACAGAUGCAGAACCCAGGGAUAUGGAGAGCCAAUUGUAUUUGUAAAACACUUAGAAUGGUGCCUGACACAUGAGUUGCCUUGUCUAAUUCUAGCCCUGUGAUAGCUACCCAAGAUUGUUGUAACCUCCAGUGAUCAAUUUCUUUGGAUAAGCAAAGAGGGAGGACAUUAAGUGUGUGGAAAAGACCCCUCCUCUCCACUCUUGUUGCAAGGACACAAACGGGAUGAAAGUCCAGGGCUGGGACUUCCUCCUUGGAAUGUUUGACAAGGACUGACGUACUCUAGGCCCUUUGAAUCCCGGAAGUCCAGGACACACCCAACCUUGAUUACAGUGUCCAGAAUGCUGGAGCGUAGGUGAAAGGACAAAAGCCAGACACAUUUCAACAUGAGGGACCCACUGACAGAUUGUCCGUAUAAUAAAGUAUACAAGAACCUAAAGGAGUUUUCUCAAAAUGGAGAGAAUUUCUGCAAACAGGUCACAUCUGUUCUUCAGCAAAGGGCAAACCUGGAAAUUAGCUAUGCCAAAGGACUUCAGAAACUGGCAAGCAAGCUGAGCAAAGCAUUACAGAACACGAGAAAAAGUUGUGUCAGCAGUGCCUGGGCCUGGGCCUCAGAGGGAAUGAAAUCCACAGCGGACCUGCAUCAAAAACUUGGCAAAGCAAUUGAAUUGGAAGCAAUAAAACCGACUUAUCAAGUCCUAAAUGUACAAGAGAAGAAGAGAAAAUCACUUGACAAUGAAGUUGAAAAGACAGCAAAUCUUGUCGUUAGCAACUGGAAUCAGCAAAUUAAGGCCAAGAAGAAAUUAAUGGUUAGUACCAAGAAACAUGAAGCACUUUUCCAGCUUGUAGAAAGCUCCAAGCAAUCUAUGACUGAGAAGGAGAAGCGGAAGCUCCUCAAUAAACUGACAAAAUCAACUGAAAAGUUGGAAAAGGAAGAUGAAAAUUACUACCAAAAAAACAUGGCGGGUUAUUCUACCAGACUGAAAUGGGAAAACACACUAGAGAACUGCUACCAGAGCAUUCUGGAGCUGGAGAAGGAAAGAAUUCAACUUUUAUGCAAUAACUUAAACCAGUACAGCCAACAUAUUUCUCUUUUUGGCCAAACCCUGACCACAUGCCACACGCAGAUUCACUGUGCCAUCAGCAAGAUUGACAUUGAAAAAGAUAUCCAGGCUGUAAUGGAAGAAACUGCAAUUUUAUCUACAGAAAACAAAUCUGAGUUCCUGUUAACGGAUUACUUUGAAGAAGAUCCUAACAGUGCAAUGGAUAAAGAGAGACGAAAGUCUUUACUAAAACCAAAAUUAUUGAGACUGCAGAGAGACACUGAAAAAGCCUCAAAAGACAAGGAAGGCCUGGAACGAAUGCUUAAAACGUACUCCAGCACCUCCUCCUUCUCUGAUGCAAAGAGCCAGAAAGACACAGCAGCGUUAAUGGAUGAGAACAAUUUGAAACUAGACCUUUUGGAAGCGAACUCCUACAAACUGUCAUCAGUGUUAGCAGAACUUGAGCAAAGACCUCAACCCAGCCAUCCUUGUAGUAACUCCAUCUUCAGGUGGAGGGAAAAGGAGCAUACUCAUAGCUAUGUGAAAAUAUCUCGGCCUUUUUUAAUGAAGAGAUUAGAGAAUAUUGUGAGCAAGGCAUCUUCUGGUGGGCAGAGCAAUCCAGGUUCUUCAACUCCAGCCCCUGGUGCAGCCCAGCUCAGCAGCAGACUUUGCAAGGCCUUAUAUUCUUUUCAAGCCAGGCAAGAUGAUGAGUUGAAUUUGGAAAAGGGUGACAUUGUGAUUAUACACGAGAAAAAAGAAGAAGGAUGGUGGUUUGGAUCUUUGAAUGGGAAAAAAGGCCAUUUUCCUGCCGCUUAUGUGGAGGAGUUACCUUCAAAUGCUGGCAACACAGCUACAAAGGCAUAAAACAAGACUCUGAACAUACUACCUUCACACUCGGUAACCAACAAUACAGUGUGGUUCAAAUAAGAAUAAAGUGCUCUUACCUUUA